CCUGCUUUCCUCACCAACUGGAAGUCAAGGUCACGUUUCAAUCUAGCGUAUGCAGUAUGAUGUAACCGUAUUCGUACGAGGCCGAGAAAUAACCGAAUGAACAGUUUCACUUCGGUGACGCCAAAAUUAAACGUUGGCACCUCCAGGGUUCUCUCUUCUACGGCCUCCGGCCGGCGCGCAGAGAGUGCUGACUUCGAAACAGAAACUUUGAGUCAGUACUGCUAUGGUCUCUUUCGUACCUAGACCUAUACCUACAACUGAACCGGACUCAUCUACGUUUAACAAUCUGCUCGACAACGUUUAAGGUUAAACAAUCAGUUUGAUUGACAAUUAUUUGUUCAGUGAUAAGAACAUUUUGUUUUGCUUGUAACAGACAGAACUGAACGUGGAUAAGUGAUAGUGCAGUUUGUCCCACCAGACAAGCUAGUAAAACAUGUGAUGGUUAAUGCUGUUACCAUUUCAAGAAGUCGUCAUGGAGUGAGGAAACUAUUUUGUAAAAAGGACUUUUCAUAUCACUCAACUCUAUAAUUUAAGCUUUCUUAUUGAUAAAGAUUUUGUACCAUACAAGGUAUCAUUGUCCAGUUUCACAAUGCAACAUCACAAGGAUGCAUUUAUUGACCUCAUGGGUGGCUCCAUGGGAGGAGUUGCCUGUGUGUAUGUUGGUCAGCCAUUAGACACUGUAAAAGUAAAGAUGCAGACAUUCCCAGAACUUUACAAAGGAAUGGUCGGCUGCUUUCUUCAGACAUUCAAACGAGAUGGCAUACGUGGCUUGUAUGCUGGAACUGUACCUGCCCUGGCAGCAAAUAUUGCUGAGAAUUCUGUUUUAUUUGCUUGCUAUGGAAUCUGCCAGAAAGCAGUUGCGUAUGGUACUGGUGCAAAGAGUGUCCAAGACUUGUCUGUUUUGAGUAAUGCAACAGCAGGAUUCUUUGCUGCAUUCUUUUCUUCACUCACCCUGUGCCCAACAGAAUUAGUGAAGUGUCAGCUUCAGGCACUGAGAGAAGUGGCUUUGGCACAGAACAGAGAACCGGAUCGCAUUGGACCUUGGCAACUUACACGCCAGAUAUUAAAGAGUGAUGGUGUUCCAGGAAUGUUCCGUGGUUUAACUUCAACAUUCGCCAGAGAAAUGCCAGGUUACUUCUUCUUCUUUGGUGGUUAUGAAGCUAGUAGAGAACUCAUGCGACCACCGGGAAAAACAAGAGAUGAAAUUGGACCUUGGAGAACAAUGUUGGCAGGUGGCUUUGCGGGUGUCACUCUUUGGGUCGCCAUCUUUCCUGCAGAUGUUGUUAAGUCUCGUAUCCAGGUAGCAGGAUCCACGGAACCCAUGAUGAAAGUAUUUAAGAAUAUAGUGAGACAAGAAGGUGUUCUUGCACUGUACAACGGUUUGGGACCUACAAUUGUGCGCACGUUUCCAGCCACUGCUGCAUUAUUCUUGGCCUAUGAAGCAACAAAGAAAUUCUUGCACAAUUUAAUGGAUUAAAUUGGAGAGUUUUCUUUAAUAUUCAUUAACAAUUUAUCCUGUCUUCCAUUUCUUCCCAAAAAGGGAGUUAAGGUACCUUUCCAGAAAAUGGGUAUUACUCUACCUAGUAAACCAAACCAUUUAAUAUAUAAACAUCCUUGGUUUGCUUGAUUUAGUCACUACAAAUUAGUCACGUUGUGCCAGUUUAGGUUAAGGAAGAUUACAUUGAAAUGAAAUAUUUUGCAUAAGUCACUCAGUAGGUUAUGAGCUAAACAGUCUUCAUAAUGUAGAAACUUACACAAGCUUUAAAUCUCAAUAAUUACCAGAAACUUUUGUUCAUGAUCAUAGAUUUUUGAAGUCUGGUGAACUCAGGUUAUAUUUUGUGAGUUCAAAUGUGAAAUUCAGUACAAUGGAAAUUAAUUUAACUAUGCAUUAAUGAAUCCACUUUGAGGUUGAACUUUUUCAUUCGUGAGAUAUUUUCAUAAACACAUUUAAAGGAGUUCAGUUGAUACAGUAAAUGAGAAAAUUCUGUAUAGGUUUCUCCUUAGUCAUUGAUCUUUAUGUUAGCCUAGAUUGUUCAGUUGAAAUUGUUAAAUUUCUCAUUAAAUAUUUCUGCUGCGUAAAUUUAA